AUGAUAUUCCAGUGCGAAGAUGCCGAGUCACGCAUCGCUUUUCGUUUAAUAAAUCAACACCUCGUCGAGGAUUCAAUUAGGCUGAUGUCAAUGUGUCCGACAAUGGAUUUACUCGCCGUUUGCACCGAGUCGGGAUGUGUUUGGGUAGCGAGGUGGUAUAAUGCCUUAGAAAAAAUUUGGACUUUACCACCUAGUCAAGACGGUGAAGAAACCGUUGAAGCUUUCACUUGGAGGCCUGACGGAAAAGUUAUUGCUAUCGGGUAUUCAAACGGAAUAAUACGACUUUAUAAUGUGGAUAAAUUGGAAAUGAUUCAUGAAUUAUUCCAAAAACCACUUAAAUCACCGUCAUCAAAAUCAUUUGCAAUAAACUUUCUUUUUUGGGUACAGGAAACCAAAAAAGAUUCUGAAAUUAUAAAUGACGCGACAAAUGACUUUUCAAUGAGUGCCCACCCUGUUCAGAAAUAUUUGCCUCGACUAAACACUAUGCCACAUGCCAAGCCAAUUAGCAAACUCUUAGGUGAUUUAAAUGAAUCCGACGAAGACGAUUUAGAUGAUCGGUCGUCCAGUUCAAUUGAUCUGCUUUUGGCAGGUGAUACCGGAGGAAAUUUACAUUUGAGCGUAUACGGAAUAUAUAAUUUACAACCAAUAUCUUUAUCUCAGCAUAUUCAAUUAAAGAAUGCGACAAUAAUAGAAGCAUCUGUUACGCCAGAUCUUUCUCUCAUAACUUUGUUAAUACGGACAGACGAUUGUUCUACUUCCUCUGCAAGCACUGGCUUCCAUAAAGAUCGUUUAUUUUUCGUCACGUUUAAUACGGGCUUAUUAUACACGCAAAAACUUGAAAUUCGUACUUUAUCUCAAAGAUAUACUGCAAUCAAAUAUUUGACUGAUUAUAUAUUCAAAGGAAUCAAACAAAUUGAAUCAGAAUAUCAAGAUCUGAAAUUUUUGACAAAUAAAUUUGUUGAAUCCUUUCAAGAGGAAGCAAAAUCAAAAUUGUCAGCAGAGUUUGUCCGAUUGUUAGCUACUGGGAAACCAAGUGCUUUAUUAGACGAAUACAUGGAAUCGCAUCUUACAAAACGGGCAUUGAAAGAUUGGGAGAGCAAGGGCCAGAAAACAUUUGAUCGAAUUAGAGAAUAUAUUAAUCAUUAUGUGCGUAUAGGGUGUGAAAGAUUAAUUAUAGAAUUAAAUGCAUUAGUUGGAUAUAGUAAAUGGCCUCAAAAAUUCCAAAAGCUUGGACUCAAUGAGUCAUUUAUACAUUCAUGCGUGAUCUUGGCUGGAUGUAUAAUUUCGCGAUUGGAAAAAUUAAAUUCAAUUAUUGAUGAAGAAUACAUAAAUUUUCUAGAAUUUCAUCAAUGGCUCCAAUUUGAAUUUGAUAAUAUAACAUCUCUCGAACAAAGCACUAAUCCUGAAGCUUCACCUCGAGUAGAUGUUCACAAAGUCUCUUCAUAUAUAAAAAAUUCACUUGGCAAAGAUUUCUUAAAUAAUUUAGAAAAGUUUUUCGUGGAUGACCAACAAUCUUCGACUAUAUCAUUACCUUCUUUUGAAUUUUCAUUUUCAUGUAACUCCUUAGAUAAUUGUGACCUUUUUCAAUAUAAUUCAUCUCAAAGUAGCGAGUUGCCAGCAUAUCCAUAUGAUUUCCUUUCAUCCAACAAUGCAUUUCAGCGCGCUCCAAGUUUUGAAUCUUUUGUUACCGAAUUAAUUAAUCGAUGUGACAUCCUAUCUUCUACAACUGCUGAUAAUGUUGCAAAAUCCGUUAAGGCACAUGAACUCGUGGAUAUAGUCGAAGGCAUUAAUUAUUGUAUUGAUAAUAUAUUUUUGGCAGAUAUGAAAAUCGUAACUGAGGGUUUGGCGACAAACGCAUAUGUAAUAUUUUAUUUAUCACAAGAUCGUAACGUUUCUCCAACAUUAUGGGUCCUCCGAUUUCCUCUGUAUACAAAUACUUCCAAAAGCUAUACACCAUCUUUAAAAUUUGCAGAUAACUUCUCUAGAAGUAAAAACGGCGAUAUUGCUUGUAUCCAGUUAGUGAAUAAUGAACAUCCCGAAGAAUACUUGUCGAUUACAGAUCUAAACCUUUAUGAUGAUGAAAAAUUAUAUAUGACUGUUGUCGGAUCAGAGAACGAUGAGCCAAUUCUCUUGUCGGAAGUGAAAUAUACAGAAUUGAAUUUUAUAUCAAUCCCAGAGCCAUAUGACCUACAAUCUACAAAUGAAUUCAAGUUGCCGAAUGUUAUUAAUCAAGUGCUGGAUCGAAUGCGUAAUGGAAAUUUUACACCACUUUUAGUUCAACGAUUUCGUGAUCUUACCUAUUUUAAACCAUUACAACUAACUACGAACGGGGCAAGAGGGUUAAUUGGCGCUCUUAGUAAUGAUAAGAAAAGUAUUAUCAUAUUUGAUGCUAACGAAGAAGAUGUAUAUGAUAUGAAAGAUGACGAUGAAAACAUUAAAAUGAUGGAAGAAUAA